ACUGAGAAAAGAAAAGAAAAAGAAGUAUGAAAUCGUUCAAAUUCAACUUGUUAUGAUCUGGUUCCGAAGUUCCUUUGAUUUCUGUUCAAACUCCAAACUUUUCUCAGCAACCAAACGGAGUGUUACUUGCUCGCGGUUUUUCGUUUGUAAAUUGAUCUUCCGUUCUUUUCUUGUAUUUGUUUCGUUCGUUACAUCAUAUGGGUUUACUAUGCGUUGAGACGUCGAAAGCUGAAUGCUUUACUGGAGUUGGAUUUUGAAAAAAGUGAGAUCUUUUAGAUAUGUUAUUUCGGGCUUUUGAUUGGUGGAUCUGAUACAUAUGCUUUAGAGAUAUCAUCUAUACAUUAAAAAUGGCUAUGGGGAAGUAUUCUCGGGUUGACGGACGGCGGUCAUCAAACUACUGUUCAACAAUUGCUAUUGUUGUGUUUGUUGGUGUUUGUCUGGUUGGGGUGUGGAUGAUGAUGUCAUCAUCCAUUGUUCCCAUUCAGAAUUCAGAUUUAGUGUCCGAUGAUACUCCACAUGAGGUGCAGAAAAAGAUAGAUGACAAUGAUUCUACGCAAUUUGAAGACAGUUCGGGUAAUUUUCCAUUGGAUGCAGCAAAAGGAGAAAGUAAUACUGACAAUUCUCAGGAUGAAAGUGAUACUGGCAAUUCUCAGGGUGGAAGCAAUAUUGAUGCCCAAGACAACCAAACCCUGCCUGAUAAAGGGUCAGAGAAUACUGUGGAGGAAAACCAGGAAGCAACCAUUAAGGAGAGUUCUAAAGAUAGGACUGAGAAUGAAGAGGAGCCCAAGAUACACAGGGAACAAAAUUCUGGAGAUGGGGAACAAAAUGCUGGAGAUGGAGAAUUGAAUUCAGAAACUGGAGAAACAAAAACUGAAGGUGGUGAAACAAAUGAGGCAGAGCAGGGGGGAUCUGAGGAGAGCACAGAUGAAAAUAAAUCAGACUCAAAUGAGGAUGAGAAAAAAUCAGAUACAAAUGAGAAUUCAGUUGAUAUAGCUUUGGAAAAUAAAGCUGACAGUCAGAAUGAGGAGCAGAAGGUUGAGCAAAAUCAAGAGGAGAACGUUGAGCGGAAUCAAGAGGACAAUUCAGAACAAAGUGCUGGGGAGGAGCACAUUGAAAUCCAGGCAAAAGAUCAGGCUUCAAAUGAGGUUUUCCCUGCUGGGGCCCAGUCAGAGAUUUUGAAUGAAAGUAACACUGGAAAUGGGGCUUGGUCAACACAAAUGGUAGAGUCAAAGAAUGAGAAGGAAUCACUAGAAUCUACAAUAUCUAAGCCAAAUGGUUAUGGUUGGAAACUCUGCAAUGUCACUGCUGGCCCAGACUACAUCCCGUGCCUUGACAAUGUGCAAGCUAUUAGAAGACUUCCAAGUACAAAGCACUAUGAACAUAGAGAGAGGCACUGCCCUGAUGAGGCUCCUACCUGUCUUGUUCCUUUGCCUGGAGGAUAUAAACGUCCAGUUCAGUGGCCAACAAGCCGGGAAAAGAUCUGGUUCAAUAAUGUUCCCCACACAAAGCUUGCUGUGGUCAAAGGCCAUCAAAAUUGGGUUAAAGUUACUGGUGAAUACCUUACUUUUCCUGGUGGUGGAACUCAGUUUACGCACGGUGCUCUUCAUUACAUUGAUUACAUCCAAAAAACUCUUCCUGAUAUCGCAUGGGGGAAGCAAAGCCGUGUGAUAUUGGAUGUUGGGUGUGGUGUGGCCAGCUUUGGAGGUUAUAUUUUUGAAAGAGAUGUGCUUGCAAUGUCAUUUGCUCCCAAGGAUGAGCAUGAAGCUCAAGUGCAAUUUGCACUUGAACGGGGAAUCCCUGCUAUAUCAGCUGUUAUGGGAACCACGAGACUGCCAUUCCCCAGUAGGGUCUUUGACGUUGUCCACUGUGCACGUUGCAGGGUUCCUUGGCAUAUCGAAGGUGGUAAACUUCUCUUAGAGCUGAACCGUGUCUUGCGGCCUGGUGGUUACUUUGUGUGGUCUGCUACUCCAGUUUACCGGAAAGUUCCUGAAGAUGUUGGCAUUUGGAACGCCAUGUCUGAAUUAACAAAGAAAAUUUGCUGGGAUCUGGUGGCAAUAAGCAAGGAUAGUUUGAAUGGAAUAGGUGCAGCAAUAUACAGAAAGCCAACUUCUAAUGAGUGCUAUGAGAAAAGGCUGCGAAAUGAGCCUCCACUGUGUGAAGAAUCUGACAAUGCAGAUGCAGCCUGGAAUAUACCCCUUCAAGCAUGCAUGCAUAAGGUGCCGGUACUUACCUCAGAACGUGGGUCUCAGUGGCCAGAGCAAUGGCCACUCAGAGUGGAGAAAGCGCCUAACUGGUUGAAGAGUUCUCAGGUUGGAGUCUACGGCAAGGCUGCUCCAGAGGACUUUACUUCUGACUAUGAGCACUGGAAAACUGUUGUCUCCUCAUCAUAUUUGAAAGGGAUGGGAAUCAAAUGGUCUUCUGUUAGGAAUGUCAUGGACAUGAAAGCUGUAUAUGGGGGAUUUGCUGCGGCACUGAAAGACUUGAAAGUGUGGGUCAUGAACGUAGUCCCAAUUAACUCCCCAGACACACUCCCAAUUAUCUUUGAACGGGGGUUAUUUGGAAUAUAUCAUGAUUGGUGUGAAUCAUUUAGCACCUAUCCCAGAUCUUAUGAUCUUGUUCAUGCUGAUCAUCUCUUCUCUGAUCUGAAAAAGAGGUGCCAGUUAACAGCAGUAAUUGCAGAAGUUGAUAGGAUCCUAAGGCCAGAAGGAAUGCUUAUAGUACGGGACAAUGUUGAGACUGUAAGUGAGGUGGAGAGCAUGGCAAAAUCUCUACAGUGGGAGGUCCGGUUGACAUACUCAAAGGACAAGGAAGGUCUUCUUUGUGUUAAGAAAACAUUUUGGCGCCCCACAGAGACACAGACCAUCAAAUCGGCUAUUGCUUAAGCUUGAUUCUCUGAUGACCACGUUUGAAUUUUCAACAAACUUCUGAUAUUAGGUAUUCAAUUUUUAUUUUUUUUUAUCCACGGCAUUUCAGUUAAAGAUGCAAUAGCUAUAGUUUCCUUUAGCCUAUGUAUAAUUUAUAUAGUCGAUCUCUUACUACCACUUAUCUUCUUCACCAUCUUUCUUCUAUUUAUUUAUUUUCCCCACUUGAAGUAGUGGAAUUCAGCUCAAAGUUUUGUAGAAUGAUAUCAUCUAAUAUAAUAAUGUGAAUGAAAAUCAAACGCAUUCUUGUAACAGUAA